GCUAACCAACAUCGCCUACAAACGUGAUCGGGGAUUUAUAUCGGAGAAGCAGUUUCUGCCUAUCUGCAUACUGUACUGUCUUUGUGUGACCGUUUCCGGUAGAUUUAAAAAACUAGACGGCACAAGAACGAAUGGGAAACGACAGACAAUCAUAAACAGGAACUGGGUUUUUUUCUCUCGACAUUUUGAGUAGGCCCAAUAUUAUUUUCACGAGCUGUAUAACGAGUAAUGUUUGUGUAACUACACAACACAUUUCAGUUUGUGAAGAUGAGACUUCGGUCUCGAAGUAUUGCUGACCCUUCAUCGGCACGGUUUAACAGUCGGUGGAACUCAAAGAGAGAGGCGCGGAACGUAACUGAAAAGGAUGAAGAGGUACAACAGCCAGACGACCAGUCGCUCUACUCUGAUGAUAUCCCCAUCGCUACAAAGCGCCCUCUUGUACACGGGCGUGGGAGGAAAAGGGUGGCAGCCCCAGACUAUGAAGAAAGAGAAGAUCUGGGCUUCAAGACCCCAGUUAAUGUGCGCCAUCACCGGGUGCUGUCGGAGCUAAACCCCACCUCUCCCCUCAAUUCCACUGUGCGAAAUAUCUACUCCCCCGUUGUCCGUUUCCUUACUCCUACCAAGGAAAAUGUGAGAACCCCCAGCAGUGGUGAUGUGAUGAGCCCAGAGCAGUGUGUGUUUGGCUAUGGUUCCAUUAGCCUUCUCGCUGGAGAUGAGGACCACAAUGAAACUUUCAGCCCCUUCUCUUUCAUCAAGAACAUUCCAUCCAAGUGCCAGCAAUCCAAACCCUGCAUAAGAGACAUCCCACCUAAGACAAGGAGUACUCCCCAAGCCACGCUAGUUUUAGAUCUGGAUGAAACGCUCAUGUACAGCUCUCUGAAUGUGAUUGAGGAUGCAGAGUACACCUUCCGCACAUGCUUCCAGGACAAUCCGUACAAGGUCUACGUGAUUCUACGACCAUAUGUGAAAGAAUUUCUGGAAGCCAUGACAAAACAUUUUGAGAUGUUUGUUUAUACAUCUGCGAAGAAAGAAUAUGCUGAGAAAAUACUGGACAUUUUGGACCCGAAGAGAAGGCUUUUUCGACACCGUUUGUAUCAACAGGACUGUGCCUGUGUUCUGGGGCACUAUGUCAAGGACUUGGGUGUACUUGAGAGGGACCUUGCUAAGACAGUGGUUUUGGACAACGCUCCACACACGUACCCCUACCAUCUGAUGAAUGUGCUUCCCAUCAAGAGCUGGUCUGGAAAUGACAAUGACAAAGAACUUCAGAAGCUCAUCCCGUGUCUUGAGAGACUGUCAGGAGCAGAUGAUUUCCGGGAACUACUGAAGAGGAGGACUGACCACUUUCACAGAUUGCUCUCUGAGGAUUGAGAAAAGGCUUCUGAUCAUCCUUAUCCUGUAAUGUGUUUAAUUGUGAACAUGAACUGGAUCUUUGUGUACUAUCCUAGCCCUUCUGUAUGAUCCCUGAAUGACCAGUAGGUUACUGAUGUAGUGUGUUCAUUUCAAACAUGUACAGUUGGGAUGUUUCCACACAAUAUCGCUCUGCAGAGCAAAACAUUCCUAAUAGUUAAAAUAACAACUUUAAAUGUUUACUUAAUCAUGCUAAUUUAUUGACAGAAAAUAGCUUUUUAAAAGUGAUGUACAUAUUGUUUGAUUAUUUUAGUGACUGUAUGUAUCACCUCAACAAAAGCCAGAGCAAUUUCUGUAACUAACAGAACUAUAAUGGUAUUUUUCAGCUUUUAUUUGAGAAAUGUCAUGAUUUAGUCUUCUGUUUGGAUAAUUCUGGGAAUUUUUAGGCGCAUAUCAUCUCCCUUUAUGCGUGCCUUUUUAGUAGACCUGCACUGCAGAAAUGUCACGAAUGUGUAGCCUACUCCCAAGCUAUGACGUUCAUGGUUAGCCUAUUUGAUAGUUUUUUUUGUACUCAUCUGUGAAAUGUAUAUGGAAUUCUGACAAUGUAUUGACCUGGAAGAAUUAAUUUUCAGAACUUGUCAAACUUGAACAUAUCCCCAUCCCUCCUUUAAACAGACGGUCUCGCCAAAGCUACUGUGAAAUUCUACACCCCGUUUCCUCCCACAUGCAGUUAGAACCCAAAGACGGCUAUGGUUGGUUUCCCUAUUCUCUUACCUUAAGUUUCAACUUACUUCACAAAUCGGUCACUCAGGGGUUGGCACAUGGUCACCUUUCAGUCGACACAAAGGUCUGGGUAGGUUAAUUUCAGAAUGCCUUUGGAAACCUACAUGUGAAGAGCUUGCAAAUAAAAAUAAAGUUUAAGUAA